AUGCGGGGGCUGGGCCCCACUGUCAUUGGCCAGGAGGCCAAAGUGCGGCGGGCUACCAGGCGCGGGCGCGGCUUCCCCCGGGCGCCGCGGCGAGCUGAGCCCGGGGAGAAGGGGGCGCGCGGGCGCUGGCCCUGGGCGCAGCAAACCGGGGCCGCGGCGAGGCACAGCGGCACGAGCAGUGGGGUUGGGGGCGCUGUCGGGGCUGCCCGGGGCGCGGCGGCCGGCUACGCAGCAGAAGCAGAGCAGCUGGAACAGGGGGCGGGGCGUGGGACGGACGAGGGAGCGGGGCGAGGAGGAGGCCGCGAGCAGCAGGGUAAGCAGUUGGCGAGCAGCAGCAGACAGAGCACCGCCGGCGGGCGCUGGCGCACGCACGGGGUGCGACCGGCGCGCGGGUCGGGCGGCAACGGCGAGCGGCGAGGGGCAUGGGCGUAG